UUGUAAAUCAGAACAUGUUUUAGUCGCGUUCAGAAUGUGUUAGCAAUGACGUGCGAUUGACCAUUCAUAGCAGUUGAAGACCUCGACUCGCUAUAGUUUUAUUAAAUAAGGGUGUAUAAAAUCAAACGAUUUACAAUUUGUAGAUGUAGAAAUAAGUUCUAGUUCAUGGCCAAAAUUGACAUUGCGGUGUGAACUCUGAAUGUACGACGAACUGUCACAAUCGGCGCGACCGAGACAAGACACAAGUGUCAGUUGGCCACCGGUUGGCAAUUUAUUUGAACGUGUGUUAGUGUUUCCUGUUGGCGCGCAAGCAAUUUGCAUGGAAUCGCAUUUAUUCAAUUAAACAUUAUCUUGUUACACGCAGUGGACUGUGAAUGGGGGAUGGGUCCACGUAGAAAUACAUAUAUGACUUUAACCGCUUAUUGACUAAGAAAUCAAAGUGUCGACGUCCUUUUUCACAUUGUUUUGAGUUACGAACUUUUGUUUUUUAUUUUGUGUUAGAGGUGCAAAACCCGUUAACAUGAAGGAACAUCCAAAUAAAGAAGAAACAUCUGACGAUGAGGCCGGUCUUGGAUACCAGAAUACGUUGAUGUAUGGUCGCUACCAACGCGACCUCAGCGAAGCGGCCAGAGAAGAAGCGAGAAGAUUAAGGCGAUUAAGAAAAAGAAGACGAAAAGACGACAAAUUGCGGCAGAAAGAACUGGAAGCGACAGGAAAGCACAGGCCCAGAGGAAAGGUGUUUAAAGUUUUAGGUUACAUAUGGAGGCACACAUUUGCGCGGCUCGGAGAAGACUGGGUCUUCCUCGCGCUUCUGGGCAUCAUUAUGGCGGUCCUCAAUUUCGCCAUGGACAGGGGCAUCGCGGUCUGCAAUAAUGCCCGUAUGUGGAUGUAUAGCGAAUUAGCAACGUCUACGUUCAGUCAGUACGUAGCGUGGGUAUCUCUGCCAGUCUGUCUGAUCCUCUUCGCAGCAGGCUUCGUGCAUAUCGUCGCAGCUCAAAGCAUCGGAUCUGGUAUCCCAGAGAUGAAGACCAUCCUCCGAGGAGUUCAUCUCAAGGAGUACUUGACCUUCAGAGCUCUCAUCUCCAAAGUUAUUGGACUCACAGCCACCCUCGGAUCCGGUCUGCCGCUGGGUAAAGAGGGUCCAUCAGUUCACAUCGCGUCAAUGGUGGCAACACUAUUAUCAAAGUUGGUGACAAAGUUCCAAGGCAUCUACAGCAAUGAGUCCCGCACUUCAGACAUGUUGGCAGCAGCGUGCGCUGUCGGCGUGGCUUCCUGCUUCGCCGCACCUGUUGGAGGUGUACUGUUCUCCAUAGAAGUAACGACAACUUAUUUUGCUGUUCGGAAUUACUGGCGAGGAUUCUUUGCUGCUUGCUGCAGUGCUAUUAUGUUCCGGCUGCUGUCAGUAUGGUCGGGCGCGCUGCCCACAGUGAAGCCUCUGUUCCCCACAAACCUCCCCCAGGACUUCCCCUUCGACCCUCAGGAGUUUGCAGUCUUCGUACUAUUGGGCAUAGUGUGCGGGCUGCUGUCCGCGCUGUGGGUGUUCCUGCACCGACAGUACGUGCUCUUCAUGAGGAACACCAAGACCCUCAGCAACUUCCUGCAAAAGAACCGCUUCAUCUACCCUGGCGUGAUGACGGUGGCGGUGAUGUCGGUGCUGUUCCCGCCCGGUAUCGGCAGGUUCAUGGCUGCCGACCUCGGCAACCAGGAACAGGUGCUGUCCCUGAUGGCCAACUUCACAUGGGCAGACGAGCUGUCAGCGGAGCAGGCGGCGGUGGUCUCCCACUGGCAGACUCCUGAGGUCGACCUCUUCGGAUGUCUCUGUAUAUACUUUGUGUCCAUUUUCUUCCUGAGCAUGGUGUCGUGCACGUUGCCCGUCCCGGCGGGCAUAUUCGUGCCGGCAUUCAAGAUGGGCGCGGCACUGGGCAGACUCACCGGAGAGAUCAUGCACUACUUCUGUCCACUCGGCGUCGCGUACGGCGGACAUAUACAGAAGAUAUUACCUGGUGGGUACGCGACUGUGGGCGCGGCCGCAUUCACCGGGGCUGUGACACACACCGUCUCCACCAUUGUCAUCGUCAGCGAGAUGACUGGACAGGUGACACACAUCUUGCCCAUGAUGGCGGCGGUGCUGGCAGCCAACGCGACAGCAUCACUCCUGCAGCCAUCUUGCUUCGACAGUAUUAUACUCAUCAAGAAGUUACCUUAUCUACCUGAUCUGCUGUCUUCUGCCAGCCGUAUGUACGACAUCUGUGUGGAGGACUUCAUGGUGCGUGACGUCAAGUACAUCUGGAACCGCAUGACCUUCCAGCAGCUGAAGGACAUCCUCAAAGAGAACAAGUCAAUCAAGAGUUUCCCCCUGGUGGAUAGUCCUACAUCCAUGGUACUGCUGGGCUCCAUCCACCGCUGGGAGCUGGUGAAGGUUAUAGAAAAAGCAGUGGGACGCGAGAGACGGCUGCAGGUGGCGGCAUUGUGGCACAGGGAGGCUGAGCUUAGAAGAAAGCAUGAGGAAGCCAAGAAGGUCAGACGACCCUCCAGGUUCGAGGUGACGCCGGCACCAGACAUGCUGCAGGUGCCAGGCACGGGGAUGACGCGAGGCACUUCCCUCACCACCAACGACCAGGGCGGAUUGAUACCUGCCCCAGGGCAGCUGUUCCGACCGAAGUCAAUCCUGAAGAAGACGAACUCGUUCACUCUGAGCCGCGGCCUCGUGGGCGGAGGGAACAUGCCCCUCACACCACAGCCCUCCGUCUACACCACUGUUACUGGCGCCGAGACCAGAAUCCGUGCAGCAUUCGAGGCUAUCUUCAAGAGGUCCACACUGCUGCAGGAUGUGGAGGGCGGGCUUCCCGACCAGCUCAGCCCCUCGUUACCGCGCAGCCCCUCUAUCAACAAGAAAGUGCAACUGCCCCGCGAACGUGUUUGCGACAUGUCACCUGAGGACCAGAAGGCUUGGGAGAGACUGGAGAUGGCCAAGGAGAUAGACUUCGACCGCAUGCUGCAGAUCGCAAGGAAGAGGGACAUGCAUCCAGACGACCCAGAGUACGAGGAUGAGCAUCUAUACAUCUGCCACAUUGAUCCAGCUCCCUUCCAGCUCGUAGAGAGGACCUCACUACUUAAGGUCCACUCCCUGUUUUCAACCCUGGGGGUGAGUCGCGCUUACGUCACAGCUAUAGGACGGCUUAUAGGCGUCGUCUCAUUGAAAGAGUUACGCAAAGCUAUCGAGGACGUGAACUCCGGCGCGCUGACUGUGAGCAGCAGGCCUUCGCCCCCCAGCACUCCGCCCCCGCCACUGAUCAAGGUGCACAGCUCCCAGCCCGCGCCGCCCAGCGACAGCGAGACUGCCAAACUCACCACCAACUGACCACCACCACCACCGCCACCAACACCACCAACACCAACAAUGAUAAAUUUAUAAAAGAAAAGUUCGGUUAACUGACCGAUAGUUUAGUGUCCGACUCAUAUUAGGUGCUUUACUAUGUCUUAGUCACAAAUAUUUUGUAUGUGAUCGCUUUUGUAAAAUAUAUUAUUUAUACAACUCGGUUAAGUUAUGUGUUAAGUGAAAAUGUCAAAGCAGCUCAUUAUAAUGUUAUUGUAUGUUCAAAAAAAAAUAUACACAAUACGCGAACGAUACUCCAUACAUUCGGAAUAAGAUUUAUAACCGCGUACGUUUUUGGUACAUACAUUUGUACUGAUAAUAAACUGUAAUAGUCACGAACUUGAGAUAUAUUUACAAUUUUUUAUUUUUGCAUUUACAUUUUUUUUUUCAUUUAAGAGAUAUUUUUUUCUUUAUACGUAUUUAAAAUAGGAUACUCUAUAAUAAAUUUGUUAUAAAUAUUUCGGACCAAAUGAAAAAUAAGCCUAAAUUCGAUACCAAAAUUUUCCCAAUAGUCUAAGGCUUGUGAUCAAUAAAAUCAUUCCAAAUUAAUUUAGUAAAUAGUGAAUUUAUAAUUAAGUUAAAAUUAUUAACUAGAAAUAUUUCCUCUGUGCCAUUGUAAGGCUAAUUCUUUACUGUUACGGAAUUAUAUCACUUAAUGCAUUUAGUUUAAGCUCAAAAUGGUACAUCAACAUCCGUCCUAAUACAAAAAAAAUCUAUUCAAAACGUAAAUUAUUAGCUAAAAAUGACAAUACCUCAAACACAAUACACCAAUUUAAAAAAAAAAACUUUGUUGUAAAAAAAACGUGUUUCCCAGGCAAUAAAAGUUUACUGAACUCAAACUUGCCUUAAAAAAUUAAAUUCGAAAAAGGUAAAUUAUUAAAAGCUUAAAAGAUUUAUUUAUUUCUAUCGUCAGUGAUUUUUUUUUUAUUCCUCUAGGUUUUUUUUUAUUCCCAUCUAUCUUUGUCUUGAAAAAUCCCAUGCUAUUUUAAAUCUUAACGUUUAAACAAUACGUAAUAUUUGAGAUUGUACAAUGACGGUUUUUGUUACAAUCUCUUACCUCUGGGGGAUUAGACCUCUUUAUAUCACUCGGAAGCGAUUCCAUAACUACAAAAAUGUAUAGAACUGACAAUAAGUCACGUGAUUGUCCAUACAAUUUGGUUCCAUACAUUUUCGAAGUUCGUUAUUAUAGUGUAUGCAUAAACAUGGUGUUGUUUGUCUCGAGCGUACACGUCAUAAGUACAUGCCGGAGAGAGGAGACGUCAAUCGAUGUCGGACCUUUGGACCGGUAGCAAUUGUCUGUACUUGAACGAGCCAAAUAUAACGCAACGAUUGUUAUAGUUAUAGAAUCGCUUCGAAGCGAAUGUAGUGUAACCUCGCUGGUCUUACUAAAUGGUUGUCAACAGUGAUAAACAAACAUUGUGAUAAUAAGAAUAUACACAUUUUUAUAAUUAUAUCAAAUAACCAAAAAAAUAAUUGUGAUAUAUUCGGUCUAUAUUUGUUAAAA